UAACUUAGCAGUCACAUCAUGUCAUUAGUUAAAUAUAUUUUUAUUUAUACAAUUUUAAACUAUUAUUUUAUAAAUAUAAUUUAUGGUAAAGAAGAUGUUUGUAAUUUAAUUGAAGAAAAAUCACCUCAUAUGCGUCUUAAAAGACAUCUUUUUUGUAAUUAUGAUUCAAACGUUCGUCCCACAAAUAACUUAUCAAAAAAUAAAACGUCUAUUAAAAUAAUAGUGAUUCCAAAACUAAUUGAAUUUGAUGACUCUUCAAAUGUUAUGAAAUUACAUUGCUGGAUGUAUAUGGUGUGGAAAGAUAUUAAUUUGCAAUGGAAACCAGAAGAAUUUGAUGGAAUUGAUGACUUGUAUAUUCCAAGUUAUGAACUUUGGACACCCGACAUCACUGUUGUUAAUUCAGGCAUCGGAGAUCAAGAAGUUGGAAUUGCCUAUACAAAUUGUGUUCUUUCUUCUUCCGGAGAAGUCGUGUGUGUUCCAGCAGUUUGCUACUCGACUAGGUGCAAAAUAGAUCCAAAACAUUGGCCAUUUGAUAAAAAAUAUUGUAGUUUCCAGUAUUCAUCUUGGUCACAUAAUAAAGAUGAAGUAGAAAUAAGUGCAGACAGUUUUCAACUUCAAAUGAUUCAUUUUAUACCAAAUGCAGAAUGGAAACUUGAUCAUUAUGAUAUUGUACAAGUCCAAAAAAAGUCUAAAUACAUAUCACAGUUAGAGUUUUCGGCUGUUAGCAUCGAUUUUCUCGUAGAACGUGAAAAUAGUGUCCUUUGGCGAAUUUUUGUCUCACCACUAAUAGUUGUAGUAACGAUGACAUUGACAACUACAUGGCUUGAUCCAGCAUCAAAUGAACGUCUUAUAAUUGCUUUUGUUAAUUUUAUAGUACAUUUUAUAUGUUUGAGUCAUCUCCAUUGGCAACUAUCAUCUGCAAUAGUUCCUAACAUAUUAAUGUUUUAUCAUAACUCAAUGAUUUUAGCGACGGUUGCUCUAAUUUUAACAUGUUUUUUACGAAAGCUCAUUGUAUUGAAAACUUCUCCACCUUUAUGGAUUUCUUCUACGAUAUCAAAAAUUUUUGUAAAUAAAUAUGGUCAGGUCCUGUUGCCACUUAUUUUUGAUCUGAAGGCAUCAGCUAGAAUUGUAGAAGAUGGCGAUGAUAGUAGUGAUCUUAUUGAUUCUGAGAUUUCAAAAAAAUCUAAUUGGAAUGACGUUAUUAUUUUUUUAGGCUGGAUAACACUAUUUUGUUUUAUUUUUAUUUAUAUUAUUAUGUUUGCGGUAUUUAUUCAUGAUUCCUAAUUAUAAAAUUAAUAGUUAUUAUAAAAUAACAUAAUGUAAGUAAUGUUGUCAAUUUAUGUUCAUUUAUUAAAUUUUAUUCUUUAUUAAAAAGAAAUAAAAUAAAAAACUGGAAUAAUUAUGAAUGAUGGAUUUUAAUG